GGAACAGUACGUACGUCUCAGUCGUGUGUUAAAAACGAUGGAAGUGGUACUGAACGAGGCGACGAACGGUGGUCAUCACCGCCAACCGCAAAACUACAACGCGAAUGGCAAAAGUGAAAGUGCACAGCAAGUUACUAACGGACACUCUAAAACGUUGAAUAUCGAAGAUAAUUUUGAAAAUGACACCAAGUUCUCCCGGCAACCAGAGAAAGAUCCCAUCGACUUGCAGUUUAAAGAUGUUACCUACACAGCCGCUAUGGGAAAUAUUUUGACCAAAAGAGAAAAAAAGGAGAUCCUGCACCAAGUAAAUGGCAGGUUUCCCGCAGGACAACUGGUUGCAAUUAUGGGACCCUCAGGGGCGGGAAAAAGUACCCUUCUUGACGUGCUAAGUGGAUACAGGAUAAAAGGUGUGGAUGGGCAAGUCUACAUAAACGGCCAACCUAGAAACAUGAAGUCCUUUAGGAAAUUAUCCUGCUACAUCACGCAGGACGACAGGUUGCAGCCUUUACUGACUGUGCAGGAAAAUAUGUUGGUUGCAGCUGAUUUGAAGCUGUCCUCAGAUGUUAGUCGAAAGGAUAAACAAGACAUUAUAGACGAAAUUUUACACACUCUUGGUCUGACGAAAACAAAAAAUACAAAGGCGCAAGGACUGUCGGGAGGACAAAAGAAAAGACUGUCGAUAGCCUUAGAAUUGAUAAACAACCCAUUGGUGUUGUUUUUGGAUGAACCAACCACUGGUUUGGACAGCUCCUCCUGCAUGCAAUGCGUAAAGCUCCUGCAAGUGCUCGCAAAACAAGGCAGGACCAUCGUGUGUACAAUCCAUCAACCAUCAGCUUCGUUAUUCAAGCUCUUCGACCAGGUCUACGUACUCGCCAGUGGGAACUGCCUGUAUCAAGGUAGCACUGAAAGACUUGUGCCGUUUUUGGAAGACGCAGGGUUCCCCUGUCCAAUGUACCACAAUCCUGCAGACUACGUUAUUGAGUUGGCCUGUGGUGAAUAUGGACAGGAAAAAAUAAAUUCUAUGAUCAAGGCAACAGGCAAUGGAAACGAUAUAAGGUACUUUAAGGAGCCAGAAAAGCUUUCAAAUAUCCAGUGUCAAAAAGGAGCUUCAAAUGAUGAAGAUAAUGAAGGCGGUCUUCAAGCCACAUCAUCCUGCAAUCAACUGAAGGUACUCUUGAGAAGAGGCUUCAUAAAAACAAAGAGAGACCAGACCCUGACAUACAUGCGUAUACUAGUGAACGCCCUAACAGGACUUAUGUUGGGGACGCUGUACUGGAAAGCUGGGCAAGACGGAUCAAAAGUUUUGGACAAUUUUAAUUUACUGUUUUCAAUUUUAAUGCACCAUAUGAUGUCUACAAUGAUGCUCACCAUAUUGACUUUCCCCAGUGAGAUGUCGAUAUUAGUAAAAGAACAUUUUAACAGAUGGUAUUCCCUCAAGAUGUACUAUACUUCUGUUACGCUGAUUGAUAUACCCAUAUCGGUAAUUUGCUGUGCGAUAUUCACUACAGUAAUUUACUAUAUGACAGGACAACCCUUGGAGUGGGUUAGAUUUAUGAUGUUCUUCGUGACAAGUUUGCUGGUAGUUUUCGUAGCCCAAAGUUUCGGACUAAUGAUUGGAGCUUAUUUCAACGUCGUGAACGGCACUUUCCUGGGCCCGACUCUUUCGGUACCGAUGAUGAUGUUUGCCGGGUUUGGAGUGUCCCUCCAAGACCUGCCGCCUUACCUGUACUGGGGUAGCUACAUCUCGUACCUGCGCUACGGCCUUGAAGGGAUAGUGGGCGCCAUCUACGGCUUGGAUAGGCCGACUUUGGACUGCCCUGAAGACGCGUAUUGCCACUACAAGUACCCGAAAAAGUUUCUGGAAGAUGUCGCUGUAAAGGCCGACCAGUUCGACAACGACGUCAUUGCGCUGUUGCUGUUUUUGUUCGUGCUCAGGAUAGCCGCCUACGUCAUUUUGAGGUGCAAACUGAUGGCGCUGCGUUGAUUUUUUUAUGUUGGUAGUAUUGCUAUUCAACUGCCUUUUAUAAUGUAUACGGUAUGGUAUGGUAUGGUGUGUUCAUACAAUGGAAACUUGUGAUUUUUAACUACAUGUGAGUGUGUUUUAUAUUUAAUUUUAAUUUAAGGAACUAAACAUUCCCACCGUUGUUUUUAAGAUGUACAUAUAUUAUUAUUAUUAUUAUUACUAUUUAAUUGUAAACUUAAUGCCAUUGUGACUAUUAUUAUUUUUUAGGCUGUGUGUAUUAAUUAUUACCUAUUUAUUUAAUAGAUAUAUGUGUACCUAGUAUAUAUUUUAUUACAUAAUUUAAGUUUUAAUUUAUAAUGAUUUUAAAAUGUUUUAUGACAAUCAAUGCAAUUGACUGAUGUACCUUAAAUAAUAAAAUAAAAAUAAUGAAUUGUUUUAUGGGA